AUGUCUGGUCGGUCUCUCCCCCACGCUCCGUGCCCGCUCGCGGCUACUCAGACUGUUGCUCACACGCCAACAGAGGAACGACAAGAAGCGCCCGAGGUCAAGCCCCAGGCUGAACAUGUCUCGCUCAAGGUGCGUCUGGUCUGCCGUUGAUGUGGUCCAUGGUCACUCCUCGGACGCGUCAUCUGAUCAUUCGCUUUGUGGUGGUGCAUCCAGAUCGCAGGACAGGGUUUCCCCGAUUUGAUGAUCAAGGUCAAAAAGUGAGCAGGCGGAGACAGCGCGCCGGGAGAGGCACAGCGGAGCCAACCCACGGCUCCUCCUCCGUACAGCAAGGAUACGAAUUGACAACACCUCUUGCUCUCUCUCCCAGGACGACCAAGCUGCAAAAGAUGAUGGCCGCCUACUGCGAACGAGCGGGCAAGUCGCUCAGCGAAGUGCGCUUCAUGUUUGGCAAGUUCGCACCUCGGUACUUUGUGUGCCCAAAAUGAAGCCUCCGACUGAUCGACUUGGACGGCCCAACCCAACAGACGGUGUCAAGUUGCGUGGAGAUCAGACCGUGGCUAGUGUGAGUCUGACCGAUCUCAGUCGGCGUAUGGAACGCGCAACGGUGCUGGUGCUGGUGCUGAUAGUGGGGGCCUAUUCCUGUUCAACAGCUCGACAUUGACGACGAGGACGAGGUCUUGAUCGAGGUCGCGUCCGAAGCGGUGGGUGCACAGAGCGAACAUCAUCAACGAGCUUCGUGA